AUGCAGACAGAAGACAGCUCAAAACCAUUGCCAAAGAAACAGAAACAAAAGCUAAAGGAAGAUAACGAAGUAAAGAAAAUGAUGCUGUUGGACAAAGCAGUCAGCUACUUGGGUGCAGAACUGAAGCAACCCUUGUUUACUUGAAGAGCAUUUUGGCAUGUUAGUUGCUAAAACAUUGACACAUCUCAACCCAAGGCAAAAAAUUCUAGCAUAAAGAAGCAAUGCUAUUUUGUUUGAAGUUGAAUUUCAUGCACAGGGUACAGAGGUGUCCUUAAACAACCAUUCUGCUCAUUCUGAGUUCAAUUUGUAUGAUUAACAACAUUAGUUCUCAGGACCCAGGUGUUUUUCACUUGUGAAGACAUAAAAUGCAUUCCGAAAAGUGAAAAUAUGCCAUUUUCAAGGGGCGUUUCCUCCUGAGAAAACACAUGUAUGCUGGAUCUUCUUCUAGAAUAGUAGAACAUUUCUUGUUUUGUAUGCGUUUAAGAAAAAGUACAAUCUUCAUAGUGAAAAUCCCUAACACAAACUGAAGAAAUCCUGUUUUUUUCACUUACUUUACCAUUCAGGAUGCAUUUUCACCAUGAAGCACGUGCAAUAGGACAGGUGUAGUGUUGUUAAAUAAAAAGUUAGAAAUGGUAUUGUACUUACCCAUGUAUUAUAAUUAUGUUUAGAAGAUCAGAAUAUUCAUAAAUUCUUAUUUUGUUUCAUAAAUAGUUCUUUAAUAUUCGAAACAAAUUCCACAUCUACUUUGUCUGCCGCCGCCAUGUUUACUCGCCCCAAUCUACAUACUACACGGCAUUGCUGCCCCUCCUGGCAAGAUAAUAAGCAAGCGAGAAAAAUUAAGGAGAAAAUAAGAGGGUAGGAACAUCGUUGUCAUAAGCUGGAUGCAGUGACACUUCCAUAUAUGGCACAAACGUAUCCAUAACUUCCAUAUAUGGCACAAACGUAUCCACGACGCUUUUUAUAACGUUUUAUUUGACGUAGGGAUGACGUGUAAUGCUGCUUCCCGCCUAUGACGAUUUGAAUUAGUCAUGUGAUACAAGAUUGAGAAAGCUGAUUCGCCCAGAGCGAUGAAACGCCCACGAAACGCCCACAGUGUUCCUACCCUCUUAUUUUCUCCUUAGUUUUUCUCGCUUGCUUAUUAUUUUGCCAGGAGGGGCGGCAAUGCCGUGCAGCAUGUAGAUUGGGACGAGUAAACAUGGCGAUGGCAGACGAAGCAGAUAUGGAAUUUGUUUCGAAUAUUAAAGAACUAUUUAUGAAACAAAAUAAGAAGUUAUGAAUAUUCUGAUCUUCUAAACAUAAUUAUAAUACAUGGGUAAGUACAAUACCAUUUCUAACUUUUUAUUUAACAACACUACACCUGUCCUAUUGCACGUGCAUGAAGGACCUAUUUUUUCUUGAACAUAUAAUAUUUUGACCCAAACUUUAAUAAUGUACAACCUUAACUUUAACACCAACAAUCUUAUACCUAACCUUUAAAUGUCAACCCUAACACUAAUACUUAACAAUUAUUCGCCAAAGGCGAAGUGAUUACCGGUGAAUAUUCACCGUAAUCACUGACCCUGAGGCGAAUAAUUGUUUUAGUAUCAAUUUUUAAUGAAUAAAACAAAACAUUUGAUUAUCAGUUCAAUUAAAUUUCAGAAAUAAAACUGUUUUCAGCUUGUUCACUAAGAGUUUUGCAGUGUUUCCUGUAUGCACACGCUUUCAAAAUUGCUUCUUCUGCGACUUUAUUGCUUUAUUACAAAGUUGUUUUUCUCAAUUUCUGCUUGGAAUAUAAACACAAUAAUGGAAUGACUCUUUCACCAGACUUAGAGUUAAAAAUAGUUUCUGUUUAGCAUUAAUUUCUUCAGGAAAUGGCUGAGGAAUUUAGUAAAAUGAAAUGUAAAACUAUAGGCUAUCGUUUGAAAUAAUUAAUUAGAAAACAUGUACAAUUAGUUUGUGAUAUGUGCAUAAUAACUUUUAAUUAUCAAUCAUUAUUGGGUCAUGCCAGAAAACAUUCACAACUUCACCAUGGAGGAAAUCAUUCAAAGUUAAUCCUUUUCUUCCUUUUGGUACUUUUUUGUACUUUUCUCCCUUUUGGUACAUAACAUGCAGAGUUGCCAGGGAUCAAUUUUGGGUCUACUUCUUUUUAUUUUGUAUGUAAACGAUCUCCAAAAAGUCUUAACGCAAGCUACUUCGUAUUUGUUUGCAGAUGAUACUAGUAUAUAUUUUUCACAUUCUGAUAUCAAUCAACUUGAGGUAACCCUAAACAGUGAGCUUCAAAACCUUGAUAUCUGGAUGAAAUAAAACAAAUUAUCUGUAAAUAUAAGCAAAUCAAAUUAUUUAAUUUUUCAUCCUAGUCAAAGAAAACUAAAUUCAAAUAUGAUAACCAAAUUCUUGCUCAAAAACGGCACACAAAAUUCUUAGGUGUAUAUUUAGAUGAAAAUGUGUCAUGGAAAAUCCACAUAAACUAUAUUAGUAAGAAAAUAUCAAAAUCUGUUGGAACAAUCUAUCGCUUGCGAUUUCUCUUGUCAUCUGUUACAAAACUUUUGUUAUAUUAUAGUUUAAUAUACCCUUAUCUAACAUGUUGUAAUAUAGACUGGUCUUCAACAUAUGAAACUAAUGUGAAGAGAAUCUAUCUUUUGCAAAAGCGAGCUGUUAGAGCAAUGACUAACUCAGAUUACUGUGUGCAUUCUUCUCCGCUUUUCAAAAAAUUAAAUAUAUUAGAUACCUUCAAACUAAAUACUCAAUUGUAUAGGUAUAUUUAUGUAUAUUUAUAGCUAUGAUUUACUACCUGAAUGUUUUGAUAACUUAUUUAUUUCGAACAAUCAAGUUCACAAUCAUAAUACUAGAGCUACGGCCAAAUAUAGGUUACAUGCAUGUCAAACUAACAUAAAACAAUCACUAUCCUACAUCAGAGUCCGAAAAUAUGGAAUUGUCUUCCUUCAUAACAAUCACUUCUUUGAAAUGAAAAUUGAAAAUUGACUAUCACUUCUUUCAAAUGAAAAUUGAAAAAAUAUCUGAUUGAAAACCAUUAGUGCAUGUACAAGUCAAUAGAAGCUUCAUUUAUAAACAAAAAAAAAUUUGCUAUAAAAUUUUUGAUAAAAACUUUGUUGGCCUCUUAAUACAAGUCUUUGACUUCCUGAGGUCUUCUUGCCACUCCAUUUUCUUUCAAUUUAACAUACAUAAAUAUAGAUCUAAAUUUUAUUACAAUAAUCAAUGUAAAUUAAUUAACUGAAUGAAGUGGUAAAAAAAUUGAAUUGAAUACUACACAAUAAAUUUUCAAAAUUCAUUCAUAGUUGUUUCAUAAGCCAGAACUCUACAAAAUCACCAACAGGAUAUAUUUUCAAUACAUCAUAAUUCAAAACUUGUAAAUGAAUAAAACUUUAAUUUCUAUACACCUGAACUGUUAAUAUAAAAAUGCUUUAGCUAGGUCAAAGUAUCUAAAAAAUGGUUGCAAAGCAUUACUUUCCUGAAAGCAAUCGCUUUUUAGUUAUAAGAACAUGUUUUAUGAAUUUUGAUGAAAGGGUAAGGGGGGCUGCAGGCAACCCAAGCGUUAACUACCGGGUGUCCCAAAAAAAGUACUCUGGUUUGAUUUAUAAUAACUUCUAAACAAGUAAAGCUAUCAAACAGAAAUAACUUGCAUUAAAUAGAGGAAGGACUAACUUAGAUUUUGAUAUAUUACAGUUGUAGUUUACUUAAAAAUUCACGGAGAUAUUAAUGUUCAAAAUCGGACCAGACCUCCCUGUUGAACAGGAGCCUCGUAAAGAUGAAACUACGACCGAAGGUCUCGAAGAAACUGGAAGUACGGCAAGUAAAAAGGUUAGAAUGUUGGGUAGUCGCAAAAAAUCAGCAAAAACUAGACUCACUAAAGCUAGAAAUGAACUCGCAGACCUUGUAGACAAGAAAGAUCUUGGACUAGGCAGCUUAGCAACUAAAACUGAAAUAAGAAAAGCGAGUUCAAUAUUAUUAUCAAGCUAAUUUAUAACCUUAAAGAAAUUAUUGCACUUGAAGACGGUGAUGAACAUACGGAUAUUGACGAGAUUAUUGAAGCCCUUGACAAAGAAUUAGAAGAACUAACAGAUAUUGUUGACACUGCUGUAAAACGUGCUAAAGAGCAUAUACAACAACGACUAGCGAUGGGUGAAGAAAAAUCGGAUACAACCUCAUUUUUAUCAAAGGACAAUUUUAAUGAUGGUCAAAGUUCAGUACUAUCUAUUCAAUCCUCAUUGGCAUUGAAGAGACGUAAAGAAGCUGAAGAGUCAAAGGAGAGACUUUUAGCUUUAGAAAAAGAACAGCAACAAGAAGAGGAAGAACUGCAAAGGCGAGUCGCUGCACUGCAACUAACCAAGCAAAGAACCGAAGAAGCACGACAAGUGGUGGUCAUCAAUGAAACAAGAGCAACUGCAGCUGAAAACGAUGCAACGAUUGAGGCUAAAGCGGUGUCUGUGAAAAAGUUUGUGUUUGAAAUGCCUGACCUUCCUGCCAAACAAUGCCCAGCUGAAACCGAACAUCCUCAACGACGACUUGCACCCAUAAAAUUAAAAGGGGUAUAACUGUCUAAAUUUUCAGGAGAAGUCAAAGCGGACUAUGCACCAUGGAAAGCCGCAUUCAUGUCAGUUGUGGACGAGGCUGCUAUAUCUACGAAAGAGAAAAUGCUCCGCCUCCAGAAUAGUUUGACGGGAAAAGCAUUAAGGAUGGUUAAGGACUUGGGUUUCACUGUCAAUGCAUACGAGAGGGCGAAAGAGAAACUAGAGAAAGUACGGCAGGGAAAUAAGAUUUCAGAUAUCAAAUCUGAUGACACUUUGUGGGUGGUCAAAAUUGAGACCAAACAACUUAGAGGAUAUGGAAGAAUUCUUGGCACUAUUGGACAGAGUAUUAGUGUCAUUACGAGAUAGUGGACAUGGAGCAGAGACGAAUGGACAGAAUCUUAAUUUGACAGCGAAAGAGAAAUUGUCAGCAAAGGAUGUUGAAGCAUAUAAAUACUGGUUGUUUGAACGAAGUGAACGAGACACCUUCGAGAAUCUUGUGAGUUGGCUGGAGAUGAAGGUGCAAAUAAUGGACGAGACCAAAGACGAGAGGCGAGACAACAAGAGUGAUGACAAGGUUGAGAAGAAAAGAUGA